AUGGAAACUGGGACGGCUUCCUGCGCCGCUUGUGGGGCAAAAGCCCCCCAAACCUUUGAGACGCAUCUGACCAUCGAAUGGCGACAGCAGUACCUGCGAUAUACGGCUCUGAAGGCAAUGAUCAGGCAGGGUGUGGACGGGCCGCAUCUCGGAACCGCAUCGCACAAAUACGGCGUCGAGAGCUACUACAAGGCCUUCGAGGAGGCCUUCUGCACCGAGUGCCACAACGAGCUGGAUCGCGUCAACAACUUCUUCAUGGAGAAGCUGGCGGAGGCGCGGCAUGCCACCCUCAAGCUGCAGCUGCUGGCAUCCGCCCGGGUGCCCGGGCAUACGUCCAGUGCCAUAGCGCUGAACUCACAGCGAACAGCGGCGGCGGACCGUAAGUUGAUGACCCAGCGGCAGCUGCGCACCGUCUACAGCGAGUUCUACCUCAGCCUGGUGCUGCUCCAGAAUUUUCAGUCGCUCAACGAGACGGGCAGCUUCCGCAAGAUCUGUAAGAAGUACCAAGUAUCUGGAGUCCAACUCCGGCGCGGACUGGUUCGAGCGGCACAUAGCGCAGGCAAACCUUUUGGCCAUUAUGAGCCUGUACCGGGGGGACCCUUCACCUGGGUCAUCUUCAACUUCUUUAUGGCCGCCAAUGUGACGGGGUGGCAGCGGUCGGGCGUCAACCAUGUGCUGAUAUUCGACAUGGAUCCGCGCAGCCACCUGCAGCCGGCCACCUUCCUGGAGAUCGCCUGCACCCUCGGCAUACUGUGGACGCUCUCGAUGCUGGGCUACCUCUGCCAUGUACCGCUGCAUCCGCUGGCCCUGAUCCUCAUCAUGCUGCUGCUGCUGCUGCUGGUGAUACCGCUGCCGAUCAUGAACUGGCCGGCACGCUGGACGCUGGCACGCUGGACGAUGCGACUGAUGACUGCGCCGCUGCACUACGUGGGCUUCGCCGACUUCUGGAUGGGCGAUCAGCUGAACUCGCUGCUCACCUGCCUCGUCGAUCACUACUACAUUGUGCGCUUCUACACCACCUGCUGGCUGCGGUAGGGGGCGGUGCCGCCGUACCUCACCACCGAUCUGAUGGUGCCGUUCAUGCGCUGCCUGCGCCUGCGCCGAUUCCGGGACAGCGGCUCCAAGUCCGUCACCUAUCUGCUCAAUGCCGGGAAGUACUCGACGACAUUCUGCGUGGUGCUCUUCUCCACGCUGCGCAAUCGAACGGAUGGUACGAGCCUCGUCCCCCACCGGUUCCCACUCACAUACGGAUCUAUGGCCGCCUCCAUAGUGUCCACCGUGUACUGCUAUUUGUGGGACGUGAUCAAGGACUUUGGCCUGUUCCGCAUCCGCAAGGGGGAGUCCGCAGUCCUUCUACUGCUGAAUCUGCUGCUGCGCUGCUUCUGGGUGAUCGAGUUCACGUUCUACUGCCACAACCUGAUGACGCCCCACAAGGCCAGAGCUCUGGCCAGUCUCCUGGAGAUCACGCGGCGCUUCAUCUGGAACUACGUGCGAUUGGAGAAUGGAGAGUAUCUGUACAACUGCGGCAAGUUUCGUGCCAUCGAUCUGGCGGCGCUCAAGCCGCGGCAGGAGCGCAGGCUCGAGGACAUGAUGGACGAGUCGGACAGGGUGACCAAUCGCAAGAGGGGCAGCGAAAGAGAGAGGCUAGGACAGCAGGAGAAAGGCAGAGAAUGAGCCUGUUGCUAUUAUUAAUUGCCGCUGCCAUCGAUGCUGCUGCUGCUGCUGCUGCUGCUGCUGUGUCAAUUAAGCUGCAACAUGAGUCGAGUGCAGUGCAAUAUGCGGCGGCUCCAUGUCCUCUGUCCGCAGAUUGUGGCCGAUGUGGCCGAUCUUGGUACAGUUGCACACGCGCCAAAACCAGACCAAAUAGACAAAAACAAGCAAACAACAAAAAGGCGAAGCGAAAAAGCAAACAAGCAAAGCGAAGAACAGCCCAGUGGAGGGAGCCCAACCCAAGCCAAGUCGAAUGAACAAACAAACAAACAAAUCCCAAUACGAUACC